AGAUAUUUACUAUAAAUAUCUGGUUUUUCUUGUGUGCAUCGUAAAAAGAAGAACACAAAAUCGAUACCGUCGGUUGAUAAUAUUAAUUUGGAAAAGAAAUUAUUUAAAUGAAGAGGAAUGGCGAAACGAAGCGGCGGAGGAACGUCGCAGAGGAAGCAGAGCAGGGAGGAGAAGACCCGGCGAUGUGGGAAAAUCUAGAUCGGAAUUUCAGACAAGUGCAAUCGGUUUUGGACAGAAACAGAUCACUGAUCCAGCAGGUCAACGACAAUCAUCAAUCGAAAAUGGCUGAUAACAUGUCAAAGAACGUCGCUUUGAUCCAAGAACUCAACGGAAACAUCUCUAAGGUUGUUUCCAUGUAUUCUGAUAUCAAUACCAAUUUCUCAUCGGCGUUUCACGGUGGCAAUAACCGACACGACGGUGGUGGUGGUGGUGCCGGAACCAGAGCUAAUUAAUCAAUCCCAUCUUUCUUUGUUGGACCGGCCGGUUUAAAAAUGUGAACCAGUCGGUUUAACCAAUGAUCUAAUACCUAUUAUAGUUAUGUUAUGUUAGUUUUGUUGCAAUGAUUGUCCUUAGAAAAAAAUCCGUGGGAGAAAACCCAUCAUUUGGGUUAUUUUAAUUAUGGUUUUGAGUCUUUUUCAAUGUGUCUCUACUGCAAUUUCUCUAUUAAUAGUAGUUAUUUAGAUUUUCCAUC